CGGAGCCCGGAGCCCGGAGCCGGAUCGCGGGCUCGGAGCCGACCCGACCGCCCGCCGCCCCCAGCCAGGGCCUUUGGGUAUCAAGCCCCAAAACCUACUAAGAAGCAUGAUGGAGUUAAGUACUGCCUUCCCAAGUUCCCAGGGGUUGGAGGUGCUGAGUUCCUAAACUUCUUAUGUCAAGAACUUGAUCAGAUCCCUUUUCUCAAGGCCAAGAACAGAAGCAUCUGCACACCUGGGCAACACUACCAUUCACAAACGGGAGUUCACAACUGCUAUCUCAGAGCAUCCUCACAGUAAGAUUGAGGCAGGUCUUUACAUAAGAGAAGCACUGCCCAGAGAAGUUAAGGAACUAGCCUAAGGUUUCACAGCAUUUAAGCAGUGGAACCAGGAACUGUGCCCAGGUCUAGCUGUCAGUCUUUCACUCCACUACUAAGGAACAAGGCUGCUGACUUCACAAUCUUGCCAAAGCCUUGCUGGAAUCGCUGUUCUCCCUCUCUAUUCACAGCAGCUCCUGGUUCUCUCCUUCUGCUCAGUGACCAGCCCUCAAGCCCAGAGGAAAGUCACUGUUACUCUGAUUUCACUGGGGGGGCGGGGGGGAGUAUGUCAGAGCCCAACUGCUCUGGCCUCUACUGCAAGAAAGGCCCCUGGGAGUCCAAGAGGUCCAGAAUGGGGGCUGACCCUUGUGUGUCAGAGGCCAGGAAAGAGGUCAGAGUAGCUAUUUCCUUUUCUGCCCAGAUGGGGGCUGAAACAAUGGCCAUCAUGGAGGACAUCAGUACAGAGAACUAGUGCCUGAGUGAGGGGCCGGCCAAGGUCCAUAGAAUAGUCAAAGGAAAAUUCAGCAAACAAGGCUGAAGGAAACUCAGAGACCUCCUGACCACCUUCUGUGGUACCAAGGUGGGGGGGAGGUGGUAAGCCCAGCUGACAGGCUAUAAUAGGCCCUUUCAAACAGAGCAUUUCUGCUUGUAUCUGUGGUACAACCGUAUGGGCUUUCACUUGAGAAAGGGGUUCGUUUCUUACAAAAACAAACUCACUGGCCUAAUCUACUGGUCCCUGAAGUGUAGUCCCUGGACCAGCAGCAUCUGCAUUACCUGGAACUUGUUAGACAUGCAAAUUCUCAAGCCCCACCCUAAACCUACUGAAGGGAAAUUCUGGGGGUGGGGGGCCCAACAAUGUCUGUUCUAACAAGCCCCGUACAGGACACUGAGGCGCGCUGAAGCCUGAGAACCGCUGGCCUAGUCCAAGCGUGUGGGAAACGGAGUCCUAGCUGUGAGGCAAGGGCAGGGCUGUGGAGUUCUGGGCACUUGGAGGCCGCCCGGCACAAGCCCGCUCUGCUUCCCCUUCUGCCCCCCCCCCCCCCCAGGCACCAUGCUGCUGCUCCUGCUGGGCCUGCUGGGCCCCGCCGCCUGCUGGGCCCUGGGGCCGGCUCCUGGCUCCGCGGAGCUGCGCUCGGCCUUCUCGGCCGCACGCACCACCCCGCUGGAGGGCACCUCGGAGAUGGCGGUGACCUUCGACAAGGUGUACGUGAACAUCGGCGGCGACUUCGACGCGGCCACAGGCCAGUUCCGCUGCCGCGUGCCGGGCGCCUACUUCUUCUCCUUCACGGCCGGCAAGGCGCCGCACAAGAGCCUGUCGGUGAUGCUGGUGCGCAACCGCGACGAGGUGCAGGCGCUGGCCUUCGACGAGCAGCGGCGGCCCGGGGCGCGGCGCGCCGCCAGCCAGAGCGCCAUGCUGCAGCUCGACUACGGCGACACGGUGUGGCUGCGGCUGCACGGCGCCCCGCAGUACGCGCUCGGCGCCCCCGGCGCCACCUUCAGCGGCUACCUGGUGUACGCCGACGCCGACGCGCCUGCGCGCGGGCCGCCCGCGCCCCCCGAGCCGCGCUCGGCCUUCUCGGCGGCGCGCACGCGCAGCCUCGUGGGUUCGGACGCGGGCCCGGGGCCGCGGCACCGGCCGCUCGCCUUCGACACGGAGCUCGUCAACAUCGGCGGCGACUUCGACGCGGCGGCCGGCGUGUUCCGCUGCCGCCUGCCGGGCGCCUACUUCUUCUCCUUCACGCUGGGCAAGCUGCCGCGCAAGACGCUGUCGGUGAAGCUGAUGAAGAACCGCGACGAGGUGCAGGCCAUGAUUUACGACGACGGCGCGUCGCGGCGCCGCGAGAUGCAGAGCCAGAGCGUGAUGCUGGCGCUGCGGCGCGGCGACGCCGUCUGGCUGCUCAGCCACGACCACGACGGCUACGGCGCCUACAGCAACCACGGCAAGUACAUCACCUUCUCCGGCUUCCUAGUGUACCCCGACCUCGCCGCCACCGGCCCGCCGGGCCUCGGGCCCCCGGAGCUCUGAGCCUCGCCCGGGGAGGAGCCCGGGGCCGGCCCGGGGCGUGCAUGCCGAGCCGAGCCGGGCCCCGAGCCGGGCCUCGGCCGAACGUCCCGCCGGCGCGAGCAUGAGGCCCGCCCAGGGCGGCUGACUCUGCCAAUAAAGUGGGCCUGCGCCGGCGCCUGUC